AUCCCAUUCACUCCAUCCCAGAGGCUCCCAUGGGGCACCCAGGUCCCCGCAAUCUCAGCUGCGUCUCCUACAAGCACCCCAGUGUGCGGGGGGGGCUGGGGGGCGCGGGGGGGGCUCGGCCCCGCACCGUGCGGUGCCCCCCCGGCCACUGCUGCAUCGGGAUCUGGAACCAGAGCCAGGCACUGGUGCAGGGCUGCUGGGGGGGCGGGGGCGCCUCGUGCCCCUCCCCCCUGUGCGCCCCCAGCCCCGCGGGGCCCCCGGGCGGCGCCGUCCUCGUCUGCCUGUGCCGGGGGCAGCUCUGCAACGGGAACGGGAACGGGAACAGCGGGAGCGGGAGCGGGCAACGGGCGGCGGGGGGGGCGGGCAGGAACGGAGCAGCCCCGUCCCCAGGGCCCGGCCGCACGGGGGCGCUGUGGCUGUGGGGCGCCGGCCCCCUCCUCAUCCUCCUCGCCUGCCUCUGUGUGCUCGGGCUGCGCCGGGCCAGGGCCCACAGGGGGCGGCCACGGCGGGGGGGGAGCGGGGCCCCCCCAGAGCCCCCCAGCCCGGAGCUGCCUGCGCUGCGCUUCCUGAAGGUGCUGCAGCGGGGCCGCUUCUCCUCGGUCUGGGCCGGCUCCCUCCGCCACCGCCCGGUCGCCAUCAAAGCGUUCGCGGCCGGCGGGGCCGCGCGGUUCGCUGCGGAGCGCGCCGUGCACGCGCUGCCGCUCAUGGAGCACGAGAACGUGGCGCGGCUGCUGGGGGCGCGCGCCGCGGGGCCGCGCGCGGGGGGGGGGCUCCGGGUGCUGCAGCUGUACACGGCGGGCUCCCUGCGCCAGUUCCUUGCUCACCACGUGGGUACCUGGGCGGGCAGCGUGCGCCUGGCGCUGUCCCUGGCUCGGGGCUUGGCCUUCCUGCACCAGGAGCUGUGGCGCGAUGGCCUGUACAAGCCCAGCGUGGUUCACCGGGACCUGAGCAGCCAGAACGUGCUGGUGCGGGACGAUGGCACCUGCGCCAUUGGAGACUUCGGGCUGGCGCUGGCGCUGCCGCCCAGAGAGCAGGGGGGAGCCGCGGCCCCGAGAGGGGGACCCAUCCGCAGGGCGGGCACGCAGCGGUACCUGGCCCCCGAGAUCCUGGACGAGAGCCUGGACCUGCGGGCCUGGGGCCGGGCGCUGCUGCAGGCCGAUGUGUACGCGCUGGCGCUGCUGCUCUGGGAGAUCCUGACCCGCUGCCAGGCCCUGAGCCCCGGAGCCCCGGUACCCGCGUUCCGCCUCGCCUACGAGGCCGAGCUGGGCUCCAGCCCCACGGGGGCGCAGCUCCGCCGCUUGGCCGUGGACGAGAGGCGCCGGCCCCUGAUCCCCCCCGCCUGGCACCGGGCACCCCAGCCCGGGGGGGCGCUGCCGGAGCUGCUCGAGGAUUGCUGGGACCCGGACCCCGAGGCGCGGCUCUCGGCGGAGCGCGCCCUGCAGCGCCUGCAGCGCCUGGCGCAGGGGGACUGAGCCGGCCCGGGG